AUGCCGUCCUCAACUUCACCUUCGCAAAUCCCCUCUCACCCGGACAUACCACCCUUCCCAUCGCCCUCGACCUUCUCCAUCCUCCCAGACAUCUACCUGCUCAUCGCACGGCUCAACAUCCUCCAAAACCCCGGCCAACCCAAUUCACACCAAACGCACACCCAAGCUCCAACCCACACACAAUCCCAAUCUCAGUUCCAGUCUCAACAACUCCUCUCGACUCCAACCCCGGCUCUGAGCCAAGCUACCCCCACCGGCACACUCGCAGGCGGCUCAAACACCCAAGCCGCGCCCCCGUCCACACAGUCCACGACGACGCGACACAUUCAGACGAGCGGCCCGCCCAUCGACGUGAAGGAGCUACCUGCGCACGUGUACCCGAUCAAGCAGAAGCUGGUCAAGGCACGCGCGGCCGUGUCGGCGCUGCCGGACCUCGACCGCAGCGUAGAGGAGCAGGAGAUCGAGAUCCGCCAGUUGGAGCGAGAGGUCGCGCUGCUGAACGGCCGCCUUGCCAAGUUGGGCGGCAUUGCUGGGAGGUCUGCUAACGCCGCUGCAGAAGAUACGGACAUGCUGGCUGUCGAUCGCUGA